AUGAGUUCACAAACAUUUAUUAGACAACUGAUAUUCAAUCAUGUUGAAGAGAUAUCAAAACAAAUAGUAAAGGAAACAACUAGAGGUUGUUUGUCUUCAAAAGGAAGGGAUAUAGCUUUAUUGGGUUUAGAUGAAAUCAUCAAACUAUAUGCAAUGCCAUGGUCAUUCAUCAAGCAUUAUCUCUGCUGCAGCAAUACUAGUGCUCAACUAAAUCUGCAACAAAGAAUGAGUGCUAUUGCUAUGUAUUGCCGUCAUCGUAAUGCUACAUUGGAUACAUUCAAACAGUUGGUAGAGUGGGGUUGGCCAGCUCAAUCAUCUAUCAUGGAUGAUCUCAAGACACACAUGCAACACUAUUUGGACAUGACGGCAAGUCUUGCAGAAUCGGGACACUGUGAUAUCAUGGAAUAUGCUAUAUCUAGAUUCAACUCGUUCUCUGGUAUCAGUCUUGCACCUGCGAAGAUUCUGGCUGUCGAACACGGACACUUGCCAAUGAUCAAGUUGUUGGAUACUUGUAGUCAAGAAUCUUUUGGUAACUUUGCAAUGACUAGAGCUGCUACAAACGGUCACUAUGAUAUCGUACUCUAUUUACAUCAAAGAGGUGAAAGAUGUAUGCCAUAUGCAAUGGAAAGUGCUGCCUCUAAAGGUUUUCUUGAUAUUGUAAAGUUUCUACAUUACAAUAGAACAGAAGGAACUAGUGAAGCUGCUAUCGAUCAUGCUUCAUCAUUUGGUAGUCUUGAAACUGUUCAAUUUUUACAUUACAAUCGAACUGAAGGAUGCACAGGUUCAGCUAUGCAUUAUGCAGCUAUCUAUGGACACUUGGAUGUAGUUUCAUUUUUACAUUUGAAAAGAACUGAAGGGUGUAUGGAUACCACUAUGGAUCAAACUACCGACUUGGAAGUUAUGACAUUUCUUCAUCAACAUCGUAAUGAAAGAAUUUCAACCAAAGCUAUGGAUCUAGCCGCCAAGAAAGGAUGUACAACAAAGGCCUUAGAUUCUGCAUGUAAAAGUAAAAAUUUAGAUCUUGUAAAAUUUUUAAUUUUUAAUAGAACUGAAGGAUGUACAACAAAAGGUAUAGAUCGUUUGAUUGCAAAUGGUGGAGACUUGGAAACAAUCUUUUAUAUCCAUGAAAAACUAGGUGUUGAAUUUAAACAAAGUACAUUGCUUGAAGCCAUCUAUAGUGAUCGAUUAGAUUUCAUUCAAUAUUUUCACCAACAUUAUCCAUCAUCCAAUAUUUGGACAAAAGAUGCAUUUACCUUUGCUUUGAUGCAAGGUCGUUCUCACAUAUUCAAGUAUAAAAUCUUUAACAAGACGACGAUCAUUCAUUCAUUUUCAUUAAUCAUGUCAACAACAACAACAAAUAUAAUAACAUUUCAAAGUAUAAUUAAAAAUUUAUAUUUAAAACAAAGGAUAUUUAAUCAUGUUGGUGAUAUUAAUAGAUACCUCAAUCAUCCAAAGAAUAAAUCAAAAAAAGGAAAAGAUAUCUAUGAAUUAUGUAAUCUUGAAAUGAUAUCAAGAUAUGCAAUGCCAUGGAACUUUAUCAAACAUUAUCUACCACCUAGAGACACUGUAUUGUUUGAUAGAAUGAUGGAUACAGUAGGUCAGUACUGUUUACAUCCCAAUUCAAAUGUCGAAACACUUCAACGUAUACUAGAAUGGGCUCAUCUUGAUGAAAAUCUUGACAAUCAAGGUUCUCUAUUCACUUCUUUAAAUAUUGCAAAAGUCAAGAAUAGAGAAAUACUAGAACAUCUAAUAGAAAACUAUUCAGAUGAAAUCGAUUUGGAAACAGCCGUCAAUACAGCUGCUCUUCAAGGUUACCUGUCCAUCAUCACCAAUCAAUUCAAUCUUUGUCAACCCAAUCAAACCAAAUUAUUCAGACGAACCAAAGAAUAUGCUUCUCAUGGUGGUUGCUUGGACAUAGUUUCAUUCUUGAAUCAAAAUACAACUGAAAAAUGUUCAGAUUAUGGUCUUGAUAUGACUGUUGAACAUAAUCAUUUAAAUGUUUUAAAGUAUUUACAUGAAAAUGAACCUUUAUUAGAAUGUUCAGAACUUGCUAAAAGGAUUGCAAUUAGAAAAGGUCAUUUAGAAAUUAUAAAGUUUCUUCAUUUUAAUAGAACCCAUGAAAGAUUUCCACAAGAUGGUAUGGAUCAUGCAGCAAGUGAAGGUCAACUUGAAGUUUUGAAAUUUUUAAAUGAAAAUAGAAGUGAAGGAUGUACAACGAAAGCUAUGGAUCGCGCUGCACAGAAUGGACAUUUGGAAGUUGUAAAGUAUCUUCAUAAUUCGAGAACUGAGGGUUGCACAAAAGCAGCAAUGGAUAAUGCCAAAAAUCUAGAAAUCCUAUCCUUUCUUCAUUUAAAUAGAACUGAAGGUUGCUCAAAUAAUGCUAUAAAUAAUGCAUCAUCAAAUAAUAAUCUUGAAAUGAUUAAAUUUUUAUUUACAAAUAGAACAGAAGGAGCAACAGCUUUAGCACAAACCAAUGCAGUUUAUUAUAAUUGUGGAUUGGAUGUUUUAAUUUAUCUCCAAAAAAAUUUAAAUUAUGGAUGUAUGGCAAAUGUAUUAAACAGUGCAAAAAACUUGGAAACCAUUCGUUUCUUCCACGGACAUUAUUCAUCAGAUCCAAAUAUUUGGUCAACAUCUGUAAUGGACAAUGCUGCCUCCCUAGGAUUGCUAGAUGCAGUUGAAUUCCUUCAUUUUAAUCGUAGCGAAGGAUGCUCGGUCAAUGCCAUGGAUAGGGCCGCAUCAAAUGGUCAUUUUAAAAUUGUUGAAUAUCUUCACAAAAAUCGUACUGAAGGUUGUACAACUGAUGCCAUUGAUACAAGUGCUGGUAAUGGUUACUUUGAUAUUGUUAAAUUUUUACAUUUUAAUAGAACAGAAGGAUGUACACAAACAGCAAUGUCAGUUGCAGCAGUUCGUGGCCAUAUAGAAAUUGUUGAAUUCCUACAUCAACAUCGAACAGAAGGAUGUCGUCCUCUAGCUCUUGCUGUUGAAAAGGGAAAAAAAAAAUUUUUCAUCCCAACUCUUUGUUCAUCUUGA